AUUUCAAGGAUUCCACAAAAGACCCCAAAUUUGCUGGAAGGUUUACUUUCAGUGGAAUAACUUUCUUCAGAGUUCUUAGGUUAAGUAGUGCUUGAUGAAAAUCACUUUGUCCUUUCACUUCAUUAAUUAGGGAAAUAGCCUCGGGCUAACUUACUGCAGCACUUUGGAAGGACUUUUCCCUUCCUUGGAGCUCUGUGAUGCGGUCACCUAGAAACGGUUUCUUUGAUGUGCAAACGUUCUACUGGCAAAUAGUGCCAGGCAGCCACUCACAUUGGACAAUUCAGUUUUCUUCUGGGAACUGAACUUCAAUUUGGACUUUUCUCUUGUGUUUGAUAAGCAGGGUGUUACCACCAGUUACAAUUUAAACAGCAGUUUGAUCUUUAGAAGUAGAUCUGCAUUAUCGCCAAGCAACAGAUUCAGCGGGCAGCUUCUUCUGAAGUCUGGCUAAGAUGUGAGGAUCUGAAGUGGAACCAUCCAGAAGACAUUGCUAUUGAUGCUUUGCAUUCCUCAGCAUCAAUUCCCAACUGCUCUAUACAAACUCUCCUUGGAUCACCAUUACUAGGUCUGUUUCAUGCUGCUUUUAUCUCCAGCAUGUCAGGCCCUCUCCCGUUUUUAAACCACUCACAUCCAGCAAGGCUUGCUACUGGCCAAAGCAAAGAGCUUCACGAGGUUAAGCCAUCAAAAGUCAAGCAUCUAUCAGCUCAUACAUCUCAGCAAAAGAGCCCAGCGGCUUGUUUUGAUCCACCUGUCAAAAUGGUUCCCACCAAGAACCCAAUGAUGUACAACGAAAGAGCAGCUGACCCACUCCGACCUGACCUGACUGGUUUGCUGGUGAAAAACAAGAAUCUUCUAGCUGAGCUAAGAAAUCUUCAAAACAAGCUCUUCAUAAAAGAAACUUCAUUGCAAGAGAUGAAGAAUGAACUAGAAAGUUACAAAGAAAGUAAUGUGUACCAGUCUUUCCAGAUAAUGUCCCUGAAAGAGGAUAUCAAGGACCUACAGGAACUUAACGCUUCUCUAACCAGAAUUAAAUCUUUGAAAAACACCAAUAUUCAGAAUCUUGAAAGAGGCAACUGGGAUCUAACUGAAAGAAUUAUAGAACUGGAAAACAAUCUAAGAGUUCAUCUCUUUGAAAGAGAAAAGGCAGAGUGGAAAGCAGGCCUUUUGGAGAAAAAGUUAGCAGGUGCUAAUGGAUUCACCCAUCAUAUAAAUAUGAAAGGUCAAGAAGUUUCCUUGGAUACUUUCAUAAUGAAGAGGACAGCAGGUCUGCAGCAGGAAAUCCAGACACUUACCAAGCGGCUGGAACAGCUACGUUGUCACUCUGAAGAAGCUGCUAGAGAAUCCUCCCAAAGGGACGAAAGGAGUAGGGAACAAAAAAGACCCUUGAAAUGUCUGGAAGGAAACACUGCUAUUAAUGACUUUUUUCAAGAGAGAUUAGAAUUGAACAGGAAUAAAGAAAACUCUGGGACUAAGAAUUCAUGGAUUGCAGAACAUGGCAAGAUGUGCAAACAGCUCGAGAAAGACAACGAGCAACAAGCACUAUUGAAUAUUCAGCAGAAUUUGCAGAUUGCUACAACUCAAACAUUAGAGGAGAAAAUUCAGAAACUUCAGAAACAGCUGAGUGAUUUGAAAUUGUCAAAUAAAAGUAUGAAAACUCAACUGACAAGAGUAAACGUCCUUAAGGAUAAAACAAUUGAAAAGCUCAGGCAAUCUUUAACCAAAGUUGAAGCCACGCAAGGGAAGGCAGUUAUGAAAACAGACAACCUGAAAACUACAUCAGACUCUGCCAAGAAAGAAGCAAGAGGAGACCAAGAGAAAGUCCAUCAGAUGUUAGACGCUGUCACUCCUGAGCCCUGCACAGCAAAGAGCACACUUGAUAAUAAAGUAUCAGGACAACAAGAGCUUACUGAUUUUCGAGAUUUUAUUAUGAAGAUGUUGGGAUUUAACAUGAGAACAGCAAACAAGGAAAUCAUCAGUCACCUAAGGCUUAUUAUACAAGAUUAUGAAGCACCUGACAAAUCAAAGAUGGCUUCUCACUCUGAGACUGGACAGGAUAAUGAAUAUAAAAGUCCUGUCUUGCUGCUGUAGAUAUGGUCAUCUCUUCCAGCAUCUUGAAUAUGGCUACGUGGUGAAUAAAAUGCAUUGGAAAUUUUUCUCUUGAAAAA